AUGGAUGAGACGUACGACUACAUCAUCCUCGGCACGGGUCUCAAGGAAUGCCUUCUAUCUGGUUUGCUGUCCGUCGACGGCAAAAAGGUGCUUCACAUGGACCGCAACGACUACUACGGCGGUGAGAGUGCCAGCCUGAACCUCACCCAGCUGUACAAGCAGUUCAAGAAUGGCGCCGAACCGCCCAAGGAACUCGGCCGUGACAGGGACUACGCGGUCGACCUGAUCCCAAAGUUCAUGAUGGCCAACGGAGAGCUCACCAAGAUCCUCGUGCACACCGACGUCACGCGCUAUCUCGAGUUUAAGCAGAUCGCAGGCUCGUACGUCUACCGCGACGGGCGAAUCUCCAAGGUGCCUGCGACAGAGAUGGAAGCCGUCCGCUCGCCGCUCGUCGGCCUCUUUGAGAAGCGACGACUCAAGAACUUUCUGACCUGGGUCGCAAACUACAAUCCAUCCAAUCCUGCCACACAUCAAGGCAUCAAUCUCGACCAGACAUCCAUGAAAGAGGUCUACACCAAGUUUGGCCUCGAACUAGGCACGCAAGACUUUGUUGGACACGCACUUGCGCUUCAUCAGGAUGACAUGUAUCUCAACCAGCCUGUUCGAGACACGUACGAACGCAUCAUUCUCUAUACGACCUCGAUGGCCCGGUACGGCAAGUCGCCGUAUAUCUACCCACUGUAUGGUCUAGGCGAGCUCCCCCAAGGCUUCGCUCGUCUCUCGGCUAUCUAUGGCGGCACGUAUAUGCUCGAUAAGAAGAUCGACAAGAUCGAAUACGACGACAAGGGCAAGUUCAUCGGUGUCACCUCAGAGGGCGAGACCGUCAAAGCGGCCAAGCUGAUCGCUGACCCGACCUACUUCUUGCCCGAGCCGGGCGCCAAAGAAGAGUCCAAGAUCUUCGAAGAAGGCAAGGUCGUGCGCGCCAUCUGCAUCCUCAAGCACCCCAUACCGAGCACAGACGACAGCGACAGUCUGCAGCUCAUCAUUCCGCAGAAGCAAGUUGGACGCAAGAAUGACAUCUACAUCACCGCUCUGUCUGUCGUGCACUCCGUCUGUGCCAAGGAUAUCUACAUUGCCAUGGUCUCUACGAUUGUCGAGACUAGCACGCCCGAGCGCGAGCUCGAAGCAGGGCUCAAGUUGCUCGGACCCAUCUACGAAAAGUUCGUGUCGAUCGUGCCGCUGUAUAUGCCUGCUUCAUCCGGUAACCACGACGGUGUCUACAUCUCGCGGUCGUACGACGCUACCAGCCACUUCGAGACUGUCACGGACGAUGUCAAGAAUAUCUACCUUCGCGUGACGGGCAACGAGCUGACACUGAAGAAGCGAGACAACGCGGAGGAUGACGGCAUCCAGGGCUCGGCCUAG